AUGUUCGCCGGAAAAAAAGUCUUCACCAAUUGUCCUGAACAGAGAGAAAAAAGACUUCUGGAGACUGCCAAAAUAAAACCAUCGCUUGGUAAAUCUGAAGAUCAAAGGUCAAAUCUUGGAACUCGAAGUUGUCUGAAUCCCAAAGAGCCAUGGCGUAAAACCUCGAAAACCCCUAAUUCCUCAGAAAAGAGCUUGCUUUCCUCAAAAUCCCUCUUUUACACGAUUACUGUUUCAACGCUACUCUUCAUUCUCUCGUCUCUCUUCGUCCUCCAACGCAACGACUCUUCUUUCACUUCAACUUUAGUUCGCAAGUUAAUUCUCCCAAGAACAGAGGAAUUUGGUCAAACCGGUACUAAACCGAUCUCAUGUGGUCGAAACAGAGAUGUGUUAAAGGUGUUCAUGUACGAUUUGCCCUCUGAGUUUCACUUUGGGAUAUUGAAUUGGCACAAAAAAGGAUCUGAGAUUUGGCCUAAUGUCAACAACAUCAGCAUAAUCCCAUCUUACCCCGGUGGGUUAAACCGGCAACACAGUGUAGAGUAUUGGCUUACACUUGACUUAUUAGCUUCAGCGACCAAGAAGAGACCAUGUAGUGCCAUUAGAGUGAAGAACUCAAUCGAAGCUGACAUUAUCUUCGUCCCCUUCUUUGCCUCGUUGAGUUACAAUCGGAAAUCAAAGCUCCGUGGAAACGAAACCACAAGUAAAGACAGAAUCUUGCAAGAAAAACUAGUUGAGUUCUUGAAAAGCCAAGAAGAGUGGAAAAGAUUUGAUGGGAGAGAUCAUCUGAUCAUAGCUCACCAUCCAAACAGUUUGCUCUACGCAAGAAACUCACUUGGAUCAGCAAUGUUUGUUCUCUCGGAUUUCGGAAGAUACUCAUCCGACAUUGCCAAUCUUGAGAAAGAUAUCAUCGCUCCUUACUUGCACGUCGUCAAGACCGUCUCUAACAACGAGUCAGCUCCGUUUGAGAAGCGUCCUGUGUUAGCUUACUUCCAAGGAGCAAUCUACAGAAAAGAUGGUGGAAGUAUUCGUCAAGAACUGUAUAACCUUCUUAAAGAUGAGAAAGAUGUUCACUUUGCGUUUGGAACUGUGAAAGCGAACGGGACUAAGCAAACUGGUAAAGGAAUGGCUUCGUCGAAGUUCUGUCUCAGUAUCGCUGGUGACACGCCUUCCUCUAACCGUCUUUUCGACUCCAUCGUGAGCCAUUGUGUUCCGGUUAUCAUCAGUGAUGAGAUUGAGCUUCCGUUUGAAGAUACUCUUGACUAUUCUGGUUUCUCUGUGUUUGUGCACUCUUCGGAAGCUGUAAAGAAGGGUUUUUUGGUGAGUCUUCUCAGAGGGAUAACAGAGGAUCAGUGGAAGAAGAAGUGGGAGAGACUUAAAGAGGUUGUUGAGUAUUUUGAGUAUCGGUUUCCUUCAAGGACUGGAGAUUCUGUGGAUAUGAUUUGGUCUGCUGUUUCACGCAAGGCUUCUUCAUUUCGGUUUAGUGUUCAUAGAAAGAAUCGGUAUCGGAGGUCUGAAACUUAUGUUAGAAACCAAGAACAUUAA